GGUGUGAAACCCUUUUGGAACGAGGUAUGACCAAUUUCAUGCUCAAGGCAAAAUGUGAGCUUUCUCACAACCUACUCUGAUCAUAGUUACUUUUCCCACUUUUUACAGGUGUGAACUUUCAAAACAAUAUCUGGGUUUUAACUCUUUUUUUUAUGCUCAACAAACACUUUUUACCAGACUGUAAAACUCUUGAAGUGAGACAUGAUCCACUCUAAAAUUAACUCUGCACACUGACCAACUGUUUUUUUUUUCAUGCACAUAUACAUACCAACACAAGAUAUAUGUAUCACUCUAACAACACACACACACUCUUACACAUAUCCCCUCCCACUUUCUCACUUCUUCACCAUAUAUAUAUAUAUUUGUACAUACAUAUACAACAAAUAUGUCUCAUUGCCUUCUCCAAGGUAAGCGCUUCUAUGGGCGUGAAUGGGCCUAUGCAAAGAUCCUCAGCUCACUUGAACGCCAUGAAGGGGCAAUAUCUUCUUCAUCUGUUGUAGUUGCCCAUAGUAACAAUGAAAUUGAAUCUGUGCACCAUCCAGGAGGAGAACAUGCCCUGACAACAGCAGCGGCAGCUGCCCCAGGAGGUGGUGUGUUAGUUACUGGGGGAGCUGGGUGUGGAAAGUCUGCACUGCUCUGUGAACUGGUGUGGCCAGCUGGUGGUGCCACAACAGCUACAGGAUCGAACAGUGAUAGUGGCAGAGACCGAGAUGGCUGGGUCAUGGUUUCAAACUCUACUGUAAGCAAUGUUGGUAUUGGUGGUGUUGUUUAUGGUUCUGGGAUCAGACCUGGUGUCGGAUUUGGCUCUAAUGAUGGUGAUAGUGGUAUUGGAUCCACUCGAGACAGAGAUAGAGACAGGCAUGGACGGGUUGCAGUUUCAAAUCCACCUUUAAGUAGUUCUGUUGCUUGUGUUUCUGGGACCAGACCAGGUGUUGUUAAUGUUGCUGUUGGGGGUGGCUCCAGUGCUAGGUUUGGUUCCAAUGAUGGUGAUAGUGGUAUUGGAAACAGUAGAUGUAAAGAUAGAGAUACUCAGGUCACAGUUUCAAAUUCUGGUCCCAUUGUUGGAGGUGUUGGUAAUGUCAUUUGUCAUCCUGGAUUUGGCUCUAACGAUGAAGACAGUGGUACUGGAUCCACAAGAAAUAAGGAUAGCCGUAUCACAGUUGCUGGUGGAGGUGUUAUCCGUGGUCCUGGGAUUCGAUCGGGUGUUGGAUUCAGCUCCCCUGAUGGUGAUAGCGGAACUGGACCAAGUAGAAAUAAAGAAACAGGUACUGGGAUUCCUGUUUCAAAUCCAGGUGAUAGCAGUGGUGGCUAUGGUGAUGUCAGUUGUGGAAUUGACAAAGACAGAGAUGGCCACCGCAUCACAGUUUCAAAUUUAGCCACUGAUGGUAGCAGUGGAGUUUGUGGAAAAGGAACAGAAGAAGGGCCAGGAUGGCGACAACAGCAGCGAGGAGAAGGGAAAGAAGGAAGAAGAGAUGGAAGUAGUGGAGGUGGAGGAGGACGUUUCAAUCCCAGUUGUGUCCCUACCUUUGUCUGUGUCUCAGCUGAUGCGGCUGCAAAGACAACAACAGGUGGUGAUGAUGAGCUCAGCAUGAACACCACAUCAACAAACAACAACUAUGAUCACAGCAUGAAGCUCACAACAUCACCAAAAAAUAACGAUGACAUUAGCAUGAACGUCACAUCACCAAACAACAAUGAUGACCUAAGCGUGAAAACUACAUCAUACCCCAAAAACAUUAAUCUUUGCAUGAACACCACGGCAGCAAACAACAAUGAUGAUGAGGUCAGCAUGAGUGCCACAACUUCACCAAAGAACAAUAAUCCUACUGUGAACACCACUAAUUCAACAAACAACAAUGAUGAACUCAGUAUAAAUGCUACACCAGGAAGGAAUAACGAUGGUGUUAUUAUGAACACCACAUCACCAGCAGAUGACUCCAAGUCCUCAGUGAAAGUAACCACUGUUACUUCCACUGAAUCCAACACCAUAAAUAAUGCAAUUCACACUCAACCUCACACACAAACUCAACCCCACAGUCACCCUUAUCAUGCUCAAACUCAAACUCACACUCAACCCAAGCCUCACAUUCAGUCUCAGUCUCAUGUGCAAUCUCAGUCUCACACUCACGCGCAUGCUCAUCCUCGCCCUCACAGGUCAUGUGUGCCUUCACGUUGCUGCUGCUGUCGGCGCUGGCGUUGUUAUAACAACACUACCACCACGACCAACAACAACAAUGAUAACAACAACAACAACAACAACAACAACAAUAAUGAUGAUGACGAUAAUGAUGAUGAUGGUGUUGGUGAUGGUGAUGAUGUUGAUGAUGAUAUGACCAACCUGAAUUCACUGCAGGAUUCACCACCACCACUACCAGGAGCAUCACUGUCCACACCAGUACUACCACAGCCUUCUACUGUUUCCUCACCCCUUCCACUGAAUGUGUGGCAUGAACCUCUUGUCAAUACUACUGCCGCUACUUCUGCGCUGUCCCCACCAGUGCCACCAACAACGGUCCGCACCACCUUAGCAGGCCCAGCAGCUGCAUCGUCUCCCCUAGUGACAGGGUCUGUGGCCCCACCAGAGGAGGGCAAAAUGAAAAGGCAGCAUGCCUUAAACAGGCGUGUGCUUGCUUAUCACUUCUGCCAAGCACAUGAUGCACGCACACUGUCGCUCUCAGGCUUUGUGUUGAAUGUCGUCGAGCAGAUCAGGAGAUCUAACCUGAUUGAGGGCUAUGCUGAGUUUCUUGAACAUGCCAUGGCAGAAAUUGAUGACAAGGUAACAUGUUGUGCCAGUGGAUGUAGUAGUUGUUGUUGUGGUGAUGGUGGUGGUUGUAGUAGUUAUAAUUGUUAUAGUACUGGUUGUGGAUUUUGUUGCUAUAGCAACAAAAAUGACAAUGGUGAUGACAAUGGUGGUGAUGACAGUAACAAUGAUGGAAACCAUGAUGAUGAAUAUUAUUACUGCAGUCAUAAUGUGAAUGAUGAUGAUGACAACGGUGAAGAGGAAAAAGUAGAAAAACAUGUUGAUCAAAAUGUUGCCAAUCACUGUUGUCACAGAGAUGAAGAUAGAGAUGAUGACGAUGGAAAUGAAGAAUCAGUCACCAUAGCAACAAGAAAUAAAAAUAAACAAAUGGAAAUGACAGCCCCAAUGGCACAAUAUGGGCUUGGAGAACAUGAACAACAGCAACAAGCAGCAGACAAAAAAGAAGUAGAAGAUGAUGAUGAUGAGUUGUUAUUUGGGACAAGAGAUUAUUUUGUUUUGGAGAAUAGACAUGAUUAUGACGAUCAAGCUGCUGGGGUUGAGGUUAAUACUGGAGUAGGGUUUGAAGAAACAUCUAGAGCCAAUGAUUUUGCUGCUCUCGGGUUGUGUGUGACACGGAAGAAUGGACAUGGCCAAAACAACAGCCAUUGGAUGACAGGCAAGAGUGAGAGUAAUGUCAAGAAUGAGAAGUUAGGUAAUAGUAAGACUGUGAAAGGAAUGGUUAACACUGGUGUGGAUCAAGUUCAGACAAAAGAUGUUUUGAUGCCACCAACACAAGAUUCAUCACAUGAGGUGUUAGCAUUGGCAGCAAAAGAGGCGCCUGGAAAGAAAAUCAAGGUACAAGAAGAAAAAAAGAAAGAAAUGGAGAAGAGGGAUAAGUUGCAUUUGAAGAAAGAAAUAGAACAGGAAGAUAAGAAAAAGAUAAAGAGAGACAAGCAGCAGUUGAAGAAAGAGACCGAACUGGAGAAGAAAAAGAUAAAGAAGGACAAAGUACAAGUAAAGAAAGAAGUGAAUGAAAAGAAGGAAAAACUGCAAGUGAAGGAGAAAGAACAGGAAAAGAAAAAAAAAGUUGAGGAACAAGUGCUUGAAGACGACAACAAUGACCGCCAACAUCACCAAAAUGAUGAGGAUGUUCUUAAUCCUAUUACGACAUCUAAGGUGCCUCCCCAUAAUUCUGACAAUAUAGCGGUGACAACAUUGACAGCAUUGGAAGAGAAAAUGGAGUUAAACAAGGAAGAUAAGAAUAAAAAGAUGGAAAACAAUACAGGACUGAGCCCAAGGAGGGAAAACAUUAAGAAAAAAUGCAGUAGUAGUAGUAGUAAAACUUGUCGUAAUUGCUGUAGUGGAAGUUGUCUGGCAGUUCAUUCUAACAACAAUUCCAGCAACAGUGACAGGGACCAGAGCAUAUUGCCAACUGCUGCCUACCUUCGAGCAGAAACGAUUGAGAGUGAUGCAGUUGAGGCAUUCCGCCGUCUUGUGCUGUUACCACUUUCCACAGUUGUAUCACCACCGCCACAUAGCCUCCUCUUGGUUGUCGAUGCACUUGAUGAAUCUUUCUUGCGUCCUGGUUGGUUAGCACCUCCCGACGAUGCUAGCGUUAGUGUUGUUGAUGAUGACAGGGACCAUGUUAGAGAUAACAGUUUGCAAGGCCAACAACAUCAUCACCGUCAACAGCAGCUGGGGCAGAGUAACAACAGCUGUUGUCAACACCACGGCAACUGUAAUCAUCAUCGUCGUCAUCGUCGUUGUCCUCCUCAUCAGCAUCAUCAUCCUCAUCAUCAUUAUCCCCAUCACAAACAUGGAAAUUGCCAUCACCAAACUAACACCAACAUUGGUGUUGUAGUGGAAGGGGGCAAACAUUCUUGUGAUGACCCUAAUCAUCAUUAUCAUCAUCAUCAUCAUCAUCACCAUUGUUCUUAUAGUCAUCAUCAUUAUUGUGGCAAUUGUCAUCAUGGUAAUGGUGAUAAUAAUUAUUAUGGUGAUGGUGUUGGUGGUGGUGGUGGUGGUGGUGGUGGUGGUAAUGAUCUUGAAAAAGAGAAGAUAGUAGUUGUAAAAGAUGAAAACAUUAACGAUGAUGUAAAGAUGGUAGAGGAUAAAGUGAAACAAUUUCAAAAUUUAGAGAACGAAUAUGAUGCUUAUAAGGGUGAGGAUAGUUAUUUCGUUGAUAGUAGAAAGAAGACCGAAGAGAACAAAAAGAAAGUAGCACUAGUGGAUAAUAAAGCGAAACAUUUAGUAAAAUUAGAGGAUAAUUAUGCUGAUUGUAAGGUUGAAGGUUUUGAUGUUUAUAAUGAUAAAAAGAAAUUAGAAGAGAAAAAGAAAGAGAAAUUGAAGAUGGUGGAUCAUAAAACAAAAUGUUUGCAGAACAUAGAGAAUGACUAUGAUGAUUAUAAAGGUGAGAAUUAUUAUUAUGAUGGAAGUUGGAAGAAAGAAAAAACUGAGAGAGAGGAGGAAAUGAAAAACUUUAGAAAGGAUGAGCAUAAAGUGAAAUGUUUGAAGAAUGUAGAAAGUGAUUAUGAUGUUUAUAAAAGUGAAAAUUUUGGAGAUGGUGAUGAUGAUGGUGGCGAUAGUGGUGGUGAUGAUGAUGAUGAUCGUGAUCAUGAUGAUGAUCAUGAUGAUAAUGUUGUUGAUAAUGACUCUAAGAAUAGAACAGAAAAGAUGAAAAAGAAGAGACUGAAAAUGGUAGAUCAUAAAGCAAAAUAUUUACAGAAUUUAGAGAAAGAUUAUGAUGAUCGUAAGGGUGAAGAUUAUUAUUAUGUUCGUAAGAAAAAAGAUAGGAAAAAAACAGAGGAAGAAGAAGAAGACGAAAUUAAUAGGAAGCUAAUUAUGUUAGCAAAUAAGACGAAAUGCUUGACAAAAGUACAAGAUUACUAUGAUGAUAGUAAAGGUGAUCAUGAUUAUAAUAAUGAUUAUUUGUAUGAUGAUGGGAAGAAGACAGAAGUAGACGAUAAAAAAAAGAAACAGAAAGGAAAGACAUGGAAUGAUUAUGGGAAUUAUAGUGGUGGUUAUGAUGAUGACGAUGAUGAUGGUGAUGAUGAUGAGGAAGAGGAUGAUAAUGGAAAGAAGACUAAAGAUGAGAAAAAGCAGAAGACUGUGGAGGAUAAAUCAAAACAUUUGCUAAAUGUGGAUGAGUAUAAUGAUUAUUAUAACGAUUAUUGUGAUUAUUAUUAUGAUGACGAUAUUGAUGAUGAUGAGGAUGUUGAUGAUGAUGUGGAUGAUGUUAGGAUGAAGAGAGCAGAAGAGGAUAAGAAGAUAGAGAAAGAAGAAAAGAAAAGAAAACUGAAGUUGCAAAUUGACCGGGACAAAGUGAAAUGUUUGGCAAAUGUAAAAGAUGAUUAUAAUGAUGAUGACAAUUAUUAUUAUUUGGAGGAUGAAAAUAAGAAGGAUAAAAUAAAAAGGCUGGAGGAAUUAGAAGUUAAGAAAAAAAAGCAAAUGCUGAAGAUUUACCAGGACAAAGUAAAGCAUUUGCCAAUUGCAAAAGAUGGUUAUGAUGAUGAUAAUGAUGAUUAUUAUUAUGAUAGUAAGAAAAAAGAAGAAAUAAAGAAAGCAGAAGAUCAAGAAAAUAAGAAAAAGCAAAAUCUAAAAUUGGGCCAAGACAAAGUGAAGCGUUUGCCAAAUGCAAAAUAUGAUUAUGAUGAUGAAGUUGAUGAGUAUUCUCACUAUAAAUAUCAUGAUGAAGAAGAGAAAAAGAUGAUAGAAGAUGAAAAGAAAAAGAAAAGUCUGGCUGUGAACAAGGAGAAACCUAAGCAUUUGCUAAAUGCAAAAGAGGAUGAAGAUUUUGAUGAAAAUGAUGAUUAUUAUUGUUAUUAUCAUAAUGAGGAACAGAAGAAAGCAGAAGAUGAAGACAUGAAAAAACUGAAGACAGGUAAGUUCAAAGCAAAACAUUUACUGAUGGCAGAAAACGAUGAAGACGAUAGUUAUUAUUGUCAUGAUGAUGAUAAUGAUGAUGAUGAUGAUGAUGAUGAUGAAGACUAUUAUUAUUAUUGUUAUAGAGAUGGAGAUGGGGAAAAGCAACAGCAGCACCAUCAUCUUCAUAAAUCCAACAUGAGUCAGUUGGUAAAUCAUGAUGAAGAAAAAUCAGAGACAAGCCCUUACCACCAACAAGAAAAACAACAAAAACAACAGCAGCAACACCAUUUACAAAGGCCAAGUUCAGGUCAAGCAGUGAAUUAUUCUCAUCAGAAUGACAACAACAAAGAAGCAGAAACAGGAACAAAGGGUAGCCCUUCUCGGCGACAACAACGUCAACACUACUUAUCUGGGAUUCGAACAUCAACCUCAGAAUCAAAAGGCAAAACAACAUCUGUUUUAUCCAGGAUUCAAAGCACAACUUCAACACCAGGAAAAACAUCAAAAAGUAGCGGGACUCGAGUGUCAACUUCAGAAACACAGACAAAAUCAAAAACAGCUUCUCCUUCUGCUUCUAGAAUUCGAACUUCUGCAGCAAAGACAGCAUCAUCUCCAUCAGUGACCAGGAUUCAAAACCCAACAUCAGUAACACCAGAAAAGACAAGAAAAACAAAAAGAACAGCCUCUCCACCUGUUGCCCCUGGUAUUCAAAUCUCAUCAUCACAAACAACAACUAAAACAACAGCAACAUAUACUGUGCCUGGGAUUCAAAAACCAAUCUCAAAACAACAAACUACAGAAAGCACAGCUACGUCAUCCACACCUCCAAUGCCCGGAAUUCAGGCUUCUCCUUCAACAACAAUACCUACACCCAAUCAAACUAUUAGUACAAUUGCUGAGCUACUAGCUGCCACACGAUCACUGUUUCCCGAUUGGUUAUUCCUUCUUUGCUCAGCACGUGAGCAUUGCAAACCUGUGACAAAACUCUUUGCUGGUUCUGGUCUACGUCGUAUUGCACUCGACGAUCUCCGCCGCUCACAUGUAGUGCGUGAUGUUCAGCGAUACAUCCUGUGCCGGUUAGAUGCUGAGCCAGCUUUACGGCGCCAUCUCAGCCGGCAGGCGGCACACACACUCAACCAACUACACAUCAAGAGCAAUGGCUGCAUGCUGUACCUAGAGACAGUGCUUGAUGGAGUUGCCGAUGGCUCAGUGAGUCUGGCUGAAGUGCGACACAUUCCACCUACACUUAAUGGCCUCUACCUGUGGCUCUGCCAGCGUCGCUUUGCCCAUGCUCCACGUCGCUUUGCUGAAGCACGCCCUCUGCUUGAUGCUGUACUUGCAGCUGCUGCUGCUGCAGCACGACCUCUCACCAUUGACCAGCUCUAUUUGUGUGCUGUUGUACGUGAUGCCCAUCUCACUCGCCAUGACUUUGAGCGUCGGCUUGCUUCAUUGUCUCGUCUGCUUGUUGGUAUUCGUGUGGGAGAAGAGGGUAGUGUAGAUGUUCUGCAAGAAGUCAUACAUCAACAGGUGCGGGGAUCCACUGGCAGUCUAGAAGAAAAUGGGCAUCGUGGCCUAGAGCCUUGGCCCACCAGAAUGGUAGGCCGAACUGGUUUGGCAGAAUGUGGGCGUGGACUCUUAAAAUCUCGUGCUGCCCAGUUAAGGAGACUUGGCAGUUUGGAGGAUGUUGGGCGUGACCGCAAGGAACCUAGAAUCACUCAGCCAGCAGAGAUUGGCAAUCUGGAAAAUGUGAAGCAUAGCCAUACAGAACCUAGCUUUGCUAAGCUCAGAAGUGUUGGUGUCCAAGAAGAGAAUGGGCAUGAUCACAUACCACCCAAUACCGUCCAUACCCAUCUAAGAGGUAUAGACAGCCUUGAAGAUGAGGAGCCAAGUUUGAAGGAAUCUGGGCAUGGUGACACCAAACUUCCUCUUGCUCAAAUGGCAAGUCAUAUGCCAAAGUCUACCACCACUGAUGCCGUAACUAUUCCCUCUUACUCUAGUUAUUCUACUACCUCCUGCCAACCCUUCUGCAAUUUUUGUUCUCAUCAUUCUUGUUCUUCAUGUGCUUGUUCUAACAUUGCACCUUGCUUCAGCACUACCAAUACUACUACUACAAGACCUGCUACUUCUGUGCCGACAGCAUCUCCUAGUCAUCAUUAUUGUCACAAUCAUUACAGUUAUCAUCCUUGUCAUCAUAAUCAUCGCAAGAGCUAUCAGCAUUGUCAUUGUUGUCAGCAUUUCAGCAAAUUGCCUUCAUCAUCGAGUUUCUGGUCUUCACCAUGGUCAUCAUGGUCAGCACUCAAUCUAAAUCUGACUUUCAACAGUGAUGGUCAAGUAUCAUCUAGUCUUGGCUCUUUGUCUGGGUCAGUAAUAAGAGGAGAUUGGAGAGCAGCUGUAGCGAGAGGAGAUAGAGAAGGUAGAUUGGGGGAGGUGGUUGUAUCGUCACGGGGAGAAGAAGCUGGAGUGGGAGAAUUAAAUGGUAGAGGAGCUGGAAGAGGUAUGGGAAGAUUAGGAGAAAGUAAUAGAAGAGGAGAAAGUAGAAGGCUAACAUCAUCAGUGAUGGCUGCUCCACAUCGACGACAACACCACUACCAUGAAGUACAACAGCAACAAUAUCAUCAAAAUCACCAAAAGCAAUACCACCCUGACCAACACCAUCACGUCCCUUUAUGUCAAAGUAAUAAAUCCAAUCAGCAUCUCUCCUCAGCACAGUUAUAUGAAAGUUCACCAGCAUGCAUCUUUUUCCAUCACAGCUUUGCUGAAUGGCUUCUUGAUGUGAAACACUGCACACCAAGGUUUCUGUGUUCAGCUGGUGAAGGUCAUGGAGCACUUGCUCUGGCCAUGAUGGCUUCAACAUCACUCAUGAUUCCUAGUAAAUGUCCGUCUCUGGUGCCAAACAAUGGCCAGUUAGUUAAAAAUAUUAAUGGUAGCAGAUGUUGGAGAAAGACAGAUGUAGGACAAUACCAUCAAUCAGCCCGGAGUUGUGGUCAUAAUCGUGGUUGGCUUACUGCAGCCGAGGUGCAGGAACUUGGCUGGCAUCUUGUUCAAGCCAAGUUUCCUCCUUUGGGAAUGGCAACAACAUCAACAACAACAACAGUAAAUGUUUCCACCAGUGGUGUUGCACGUUCUCCAAUGGUCACCACCACCAACACUGUUACAGCCACUGCAACGACCUCUCUCCCAUACCUGCUGAAUCAAACUACCAGCAUGCUAGCUGGACAGGGUUCAACCUCUGCUAAUACAGCCGAUACUGUUCUUGCCCCACCCCCACCUUGUCAUGACAUUAUUUCCCCAUCCGUCCAUAAGGGAAUCCUUACCACUGCAAGUCCUAUGACAACUACUAUUGCAGAAGCCAAACCAAAACCGACAGCAAUAACUACAUCAAAACAACACCGCCUUCUACACCUCAAGCAACAAUAUCAACAUCAACACCAACAUUACACCCAACAAUUACAACAGCAACCAAAUUCAUUGCAGGGUCACAUGACUCACCAUGAGCAUCUUGUGCUCUGGCUGCUUGCAUCAGGUAUCAACCUGGAAAACUGUUUACGAAUAGGAAUUCCAGCAGACCAGAGAUUGCUGCAUCUUCUCGUAGAUGCAGGAGCAACAGCCACAAGGUCUACCCCUGACAACACAUCUGACAGUGACUUUGACCACUGCUCCUGCAAUCAUGUUGCAACUCAUUUUGCAGUUGAGACUCACUAUCAUAGUGACGACAACAAAAAUACCUGUACUGAUAGGACUGUUGACAUCGAACACAGGACUCAUUACCUUGAUAGUGACACACCUUUCAAUGACAGUCAUUACAUGGAUGAUGAUGCCACAUGUGCAGCUGUUAUUGAUGAAGCCAUCAACGAUGUCACCUCUACCAAAGGAAGAUCCGAUAUCAGAAUUGAUGCAGGUAGUUUUCAGAAAUUAUCCAACAGACCUGUACACUAUGCUGGAGAUCAUCAAGAAAAUGGAAAAAUUCCUGGAAAGCACCAUCGCUCCAGUAAUGUAAGCAUGUCACCUCACAGCCAAAGUGAAAGCUCUCCUCACAGUGUUGUCCUAGAUGAAAUACCUAGCACAGUGGCACCAACUUCCCAAUCACCCACCUUAGCAACCCCGACUAUAUCAUCCAUUCGUAAUCGUGACAACAACAACAACAAUGAUGAUAAUGAUGAUGUUGAUGAUGAUGGUUUCAGUGGUGUCAGCGAUAGCAAAAACAACCUCGCCUGCACCAAUAUUAGUCCCACCACUGCCACCAAUGUCAAUGUACCUUGUGAUAUAGAAGAUGAAGCAAAAGUAGAAGAUGAUCCCAUCUCCCUUGCAAAUAAUGAUGCUGAAGAAGAUUUCAUAUACGAGCAUCGGCUGAAUGCAACUCUGGAGAGACUUCGCCAACUUCGCAGCAGUGGUGAAGCGAUGGAAAGUAUAGGGACAACUGAUGCAGAAAAUGAAGCUGCAGACCUUUCUGCCAUGCUGCAUGAAUGCUCGGCACGUGGAGAUGCUAAAGCUACUGUUGAACUACUUGCCCUAGGAGCCAAUCCUUGCAUUUCAGAUGUUUACGGCCAGACUGCACUAAAUAUAGCUGCCCGUCAGGGACAUCUGCUGGUGGAAGUGCUUCUGGGUUCACCUCAAGCUCCAGAGCUCACUGAUGCAGCUGAUAAUGAUGGCUGGACACCUCUCCGUUCUGCUGCCUGGGGUGGCCACACUGGUGUUGUUGAAGCUUUAUUAGCUGCUGGUGCCCAGGUUGACCGUUGUGAUGCUGGUGGAAGAACAGCAUUACGUGCUGCUGCAUGGGGUGGCCGAGAAUCUGCUGUCCGUUGUCUCCUUGCACAUCAUGCUGAUGUGAACCGCUGCGACAGCGAGGGACGAACUGCUCUCAUUGCUGCUGCAUACAUGGGACAUGCUUCCAUUGUAGAACAUCUCCUUGAUGUUGGUGCAUCUGUAGACCAUGAAGAUGCUGAUGGCCGAACUGCCCUCUCUGUGGCUGCUUCACUUUGUGGCACAGGUUUUGUUGCAUUCGUUUCUCCUGGAACAGUCAACCAGGAUGCCGAUGAGUGUGAAUUUGAUACUCAGCUUGGGAAUGUAAAUAUUCGGGAUGAUGAUGAAGACAAUGAUGAUGGUACAAGGGGUGGUUUAGAGGCAGGAACAAGGGGGAAAAAGAAAUACCCCACUGUCAAUGACAAUGAUCUUGGCACAGAGGGAGAAAUAGUGGAUGAUAUAAGCAAACUAGAGAGACAAAAGGAAGGACGAGCAAGUGCAUUCAGCCAACAGCAAGGACAUGAUCAAAGUUACCCACCCCAGAACGUUUCCUCUGCUGCCAUCAGCAAUGGCAUGGCACAAGAAGAGCAACAGCAACAGCAAUACCAGCAUCAAAACCAUGAUGCAGUCGUAGCAUUGCUGCUUGCCCGGGGUGCAUUUGUUGACCACAGAGACCUUGAUGGUGCCACUCCUUUGCUGGUAGCUGCUCAUGAGGGUCGCGAAGAAGCAUGUGAGCUGCUUUUAGAAUGGGAUGCAGACGUUGAUGCUGCCGACACAGCUGGACGUACACCACUGCUAGCAGCUGCAGCAGCUGGCCAUGCAGGUGUGGUUCGUCAGUUGCUUUACUGGAAUGCUGCAGUUGAUGCCAUUGACGGGGAAGGACGCACUGUGCUGAGCGUGGCUGCUGCCCAAGGUGAUGCAGAUGUUGUGGGGCUUCUACUGGAGCGAGGACUGGAUGAAAUGCAUAAAGAUAAUGCUGGGUGGACUCCUUUACACAUGGCUGCAUACGAAGGACAUAGAAAGGUCUGUGACAUACUGAUUGAACACGGUGCAAAAGUGAAUGAGACAGACAAUGACGGUCGCCAUGCCCUCAUACUAGCAGCCCAGGAGGGAAAUCUCUCUGUAGUGGAGGGUCUGCUACGACAUGGUGCUAGUGUGGAUCAGCGUUCACAUGAUGGCAAGACAGCACUACGAGUCAGCUGCCUGGAAGGCCACGAAGCUGUAGCCAGCCUUUUGCUGCUUGGACACCCUUAUCCUCCCGAACGAGGCUGUGGUCUCAUUUUGGUUGGUGGGGGAACUGGGGGUGUAGGAGAAGGUGGGGACGGUGAACCGUUUUCUUCAUCCCCUCCAUUGCCACCACAGCUAGGCGUUCGCAGGCGCCGGCGCCGUGGCUACAAUCCUCAACCACAGCCUCACUCUCGAGCACUCCACUCACCAGAGACAUUGUUGCUUCACUCUCCAUCACACUCACCCACACAGUCACCCUCACACUCACAACUACACACACAGACACAUUUGCAACUGGACCCAGAUUCUGAAUUACAGUCACCUUCACAGCAUUCACAUUCGACACCACCACCACCAACACAAGUACAAGGAGCAGAUGAAGAAACUGAUACCUGCCGUAACUUCUCACCCUCACCACCACCACUGCCUCCACGUCACCGCUCUCCAACCCGAAUUCGACAUCGGAACUCUGCUUCUGCCAUACCUUCUUCUGUUGCCAAUUUUGCAGCAGACUCUACACCUUCUGCAUUUAUUGCUGCUACUAGUUCUGCUUUCAGUGCUGCUGUCACCUCUACUCCUUCCACUGCUAUUGCAGCAUCUGCUCCCAUCCCCACCGUUGCCAACACUACAUCUGUUGCUGUACCUCUUCCCAUCAAGAGAAAACAGCGGUUAUGUGGUGGACCCAUUAGCUACAGUGUUGGUGGUGGCGGUGGCGGACCAUUGGGCUCAAUUCUGGGAACUGGAUGUUUGGCUGAUCCAAAUUACCAUGAUGCCGAUGGCCGCUCAACAUUGUAUGUAUUAGCACUGGAGAACCGUGUGCGCAUGGCUGCCUUUUUGCUGGCCAAUGGCGCUGACGUAGAAGGUGUUGACCCAGAAGGACGAACUGCAUUACAUGUGGCUGCCUGGCAAGGUCAUGUUGACAUGGUACGCCUACUUGCAGAUGUGGGUGGUGCAGAUUUAGACGCCGCCGACAAUGAGCAACGCACACCACUGCAAUCAGCCGCUUGGCGUGGCCACGCAGGUGUGGCGCGCGCGCUAUUGAGACGUGGUGCUGCUGUAGACCGUGCUUGCAGCCAGGGAGCGACAGCAUUGUGUGUAGCCUCACAAGAGGGACAUGCUGGCGUUGUGCGCACUUUGCUUGCGCAUGGAGCUGACCCAUCACGUGCUGACCGCUACGGUCGGACACCCCUGCGUGUUGCACUGAAAAGUGGACAUCGAGAGGUCUAUGCACUGCUCAUGCAUGCUGCUCGGCAUGGCCGGAUAGGUCAUACUGACCAGGCAGUACCCCCAUUGCCAGGUGGUGGAGAACAUGAUGAUGCAGAAUAUGGAGAAUUUUAUGACUAUGAUGACGCAGAAGCACAUGCUGACAAUGAUUAUGAUGAUUAUUAUGAUUAUUACAAUGAAGAGAAUGAUGAAGAGGGCAAAGAGCGUCAUCGCAGUCAUACUGACUACCAGUAUCACCCCAAUGAUAACAGCAAUGGUAGAAGACAUGGCAGUUACAUGGUGGAAGCGGCACCUGCAACACCUCAAGAACAACCAGCAUCUUCAUCAGCUUCACCAACACCACCACCACUCCCUCCACGAUCUCGUGUUGAUGUUGAUGCUGCUGCUGAUGCUGAUAGAACUAUGACAACUGAUGCUGGUCCUACAGUAGUUGUUGAUGCUGCUGAUGUUAACAAUGUUAAGUAUGAUAAGCAUGUCCAGCAACAUCGUCCUCACAAACAACAGCACCAUCAGCAUCAACGUCGCCUUCAUCAUAAUAGUGACCACACUGGUGGUGGUGGUGGUGGUGGUGGCUCUAGCAUUGCCCCUAGUGGAGGCAGCAACGAUGUAAACUAUCAGCGCCGCCAAAACCGCCAUCGACAUUCCCGACAACAGGAAGACAAGGUGCGCCGUUCACGUCAACAAUAAAAACACACAUUAAUACAAGAUUGACAGUGAUUUGAACUCUCAACCUUGAUCACUGACUCAAAAAAAAAAACAAAGUAAAAAAUGAAAUUGACUUCCCUACUAGCAUGUAAAUGACUAACUCUAACAACAGUUAUGAAUCUGAAACUUAAGCUGGCUAUAAACCCUGCUCUAACUUAACUUAACAAAAACCUCUAUCUUAACCCUUAACCUGAAGUCUAACCUUAAUACUAACCCUAAAUUUAACUUGCCUUAUUAUUCAUCUUUCUGUGAAACCAAAACUAGACUAGAUGUGACCAUGCAUGACAUUUUGGUUUUCAAACUUAAUUCCAAAUUAUCUGUUUAACUUUCGACCUUAGUUUUCUGACUACUAGCAUCAAUCUCUGCCACUGUAAUUAAAGGGGACUACUAAUUAACCUCAUUUAACUUCCAACUUACGUUCACACUUCUAAUUUUCCCUCAACUUUUUCCUUUGCCUUUGGCUUUUGCUUUUUUUUCAUUCUAACUUCAAUCUCUAUCUUUUGAUGGAUAAAAAUAGGAACACUAUUAACCAGAAGUAAUUAAUCAGCUUUGAUUGAUUUGUAAAUUAGUGAGCAAAAGAAAAAUUAUGUAUGAAUUUCAUCUUUGUUUUUUAAUACUAUAAAAAAAAUUUAAAAAAAGGUUCUCUCAUAACC